AUGAAAGCAGCACGAUUCUAUGCAGCCGGAGACAUCCGCAUCGAGGAUGUCGAAGCCCCCAAAGCAUCAGAUGAAAAGGCCCUAAUUCAAGUCGAGUGGUGCGGGAUAUGUGGAAGCGAUAUCAACGAAUAUGUCCAAGGGCCUAUGUCGAUCCCCAACACGCGCACCGGUCCGCACCCCCUUACUGGGGACUUACUCCCGGUAACCCUUGGCCAUGAGCUCUCUGGACGCAUUAUUCAAGCACCAUCGACUUCGUCACUUUCCCCGGGACAGGCAGUCAUCAUCGACCCUCGAUUCUAUUGUUCGUCCUGCACGGCAUGUACUUCAUCUGUCACAAAUUGUUGCCAAUCCUUAGGUUUCCUAGGUCUCUCUGGGGGAGGGGGUGGUUUCUCUGAGAAAAUUGCCGUGCCACCGGCUAUGCUUCAUCCCAUUCCCGACAAUAUCGACAUGGCUACAGCAACCCUUAUCGAGCCUCUUGCCGUUGCCUGGCAUGGCGUUCGAUGCUCCGGUGUCAAAGACUUCAAGGGCCUACCCAUUCUGGUGAUAGGUGGUGGCCCAGUUGGUGUAGCCACGGUUUUCGUGUUAAGGGCAUGGGGCGCAGAUGAGAUCUAUGUCUCGGAAACGGCCCGUCGUCGUAGGGAGUUCCUUGAAGACCUUGUGCAGGCUACAUUUGAUCCGAUCGAGGUCAAUGUGGGUUUGGAAUGUAGGAAACUCACGAAUGGAAGCGGUGUAGGGAUGGUCUUCGACUGUGCUGGAUCCCAGAAAGGGCUAGAAGCCGCAUGUGAUAGCCUCAAGUUUCAUGGUUUAUAUGUCAAUCUGGCAGUGCCGAAAUCCCCGAUCUCGUUACCGGCUAUGUAUUUUAUGCGGAAGGAACUGACGUACAAGUCCUUCUUGGCAUAUGAUGACGCUGACUUUAAGGCUACUGUGGCUGCAUUCACGGAAGGCAAGUUUGCUGGGGUGGAGCGCAUGGUCACACGGCGUAUUGCGUUGGAAGACCUCGUGGAGAAGGGCUUCAAAACGCUUCUUCAGAGCCCAGAUGAGCAUAUCAAAAUUGUGGCAACACAUGAAAGUUAA